AUGACAGACCACCAAGCACCUGUCAAGAGUGAUAUCGACGCGUAUGAUUUAAGUUAUAAAAGUCUAAGAGAAUGGAUAGAGAAUUCAUUGGAUUGGUACAAGCCUGAAUUACGAUCUGUAUUGUAUCCUAUCUUUGUUCAUUCUUACCUUGAUCUUGUUGGCAAACAUCUCACUGACAAAGCAAAACCCUUUUUCAAUACUUAUAAACGAGACCAUGUUGAAUUACACACAAUUGACUUAAAUACGCUUGAGACAGUCACUGAACCCCAUCAUAUCCGCGAGAAUGAACUAGCACGCAUGUACAGAGACAACAAAUACAAUCUACGCAUGUCGGGUGUACCUUUUGAACUGUUUCUGAAUUACUUGCAAGACAACAAAUUCAUGUUGCUGUUGCGUAUCGUGAAUCAAUACUUGAAUAUUCAAGUGGUCCAUGGUAAAUUAUUGAAAUCCGCAGGCGGGUUAGAGAUGGAUGAUGUGAUUGGUAUUAUUGGACACCAAAGUCAACAAUUAGAAGCAUUCAAUCAACAACCUGUUCAACUCGGUAUGAAUCAACUGGAUCAAUCGUUUCGAGAUGAGAUAGAACAAGCCAUUCAAGAAAGUCAACCAGUCCAAAAAGAAGAAGAAGAAGCAGCAGUACAAGAGAAUCCAACAUUAGAAGCCUUUAGAAAGAGAAUCCAAGAGAAUACAGUGGAUGGUCCAGCCUUUGGUGAUAUCCCAUUACCUCCUUAUAGGGGAACAGAUAUUCAGGCAGAACUGGAUUCAUUGAAAGACAUGAAUUAUCGUAUGCCAUUAAAUGAGACUUCCUUACCUAGUAUAUGCUGUUAUACUUUUCAUAAUACACAUGACAGUCUGAACUGUGUCACUACUACACAAGAUGCUACUUUGAUUGCUGGUGGAUUCUCUGAAUCGUUUAUCAAGAUAUGGAGUCUAAAAGGAGAAAAACUAAGAUCACUUCGAAACACAAUUAACCCUGCUCAUGAACGCCAUGGAUCAGAAUACAAAAAACUAGUGGGUCAUGGUGGACCUGUAUAUGGCCUUAGUUUUAGUCCAGACAACAAAUACUUGGUGUCUUGUUCAGAAGACAAGACAGCCAGAUUAUGGAGCACACAGACAUUUUCGAAUUUAGUAAUCUAUAAGGGACACAACAGUCCUGUUUGGGAUGUUGAUUUUGGUCCAUUUGGAUUCUAUUUUGCCACUGCUUCUCAUGAUAGAACAGCACGUCUUUGGAGUUGUGAUCAGAUCAAUCCCUUAAGAAUCUUUACUGGCCAUCUAUCAGAUGUGGAUACAGUCAAAUUCCAUCCCAACUCGAAAUAUCUAGUGACGGGUUCAAGUGACCGUACAUCAAGAUUAUGGGAUGUCCAAAAGGGGACUUGUGUUCGUGUAUUUACAGGUCAUACAGGUCCUAUCAAGACAGUCGCUGUCUCACCUAAUGGUCGACUGAUGGCUUCUGCAGGUGAAGAUAAGUCGAUUAUGUUAUGGGAUUUAGGCAGUGGCAAACGUAUCAAGAAACUCACUGGUCAUACUGAAUUUAUCUAUUCAUUGGCCUUUAGUGCAGACAAUGGUGUGUUGGUAUCAGGGGGUGCUGAUAGUACAGUGCGUGUAUGGGAUGUCAAUACGGACACAACAUCUGCUAUAGCCAAAAAGCGAUUCAAGACAGAAGAUGAAGAUCGAAAGAAAAAAGCCAUUCUUGAGAGUCAUGAGCAAUUAGGGGUGUUUCCUACAAAACAAACACCUAUUUAUGAUAUCCAAUUCACAAGUCGCAACUUAUGUCUUGUUUCUGGUGCAUUUACACAAAAAGAUAAAUAA